AUGAAAAACUCCAAAUGUUUAUCAAAUGAGUGACGAGAAAGACGCGACCAAUUAAAGAGAUCGUGUGUGUUUUUCCCAAUUAAACGAGCAUCGUCCACAAUUACCGCCAUCGUAGCCAGGGAGCCAAGAAGCAACCAAUGGAACAUGUUGAUGCCGGUGCGGGAGUACAACAAGCACAUAGCCAAAAUACCAAACUGCAAGAUGAGGCAGCGGCCAACGCUUAGAGCCACCUUCGCAUCCCUGCUGUUGCUCCUCCACAUCGCGCAGACGCUCGAUCCGGCGGCUGCCAGUGGUUCAGUCGGAAGUGGUGCCGCAGCGACAGGAGCUGCAGGUCCUUCCGCGUCCGGUGGUGCGGGGGGCGGGAGUCUGAGCAGUGGACCCCCCACUCUCAUUGCCAAUCUCACGGAACAAGGCAGUCCCGGUGUGUAUAAUUCGACAAUGGGCUAAUGCUAAUUACCCGUAUAUAUAAACAUGGCAUUAACGUGGCAGUUUGCUGACCUUUUUACCUUUUGACCCUAAACGUAAACGACCUCACCAUUUCGGUAUUUGCAAAAGAUUUAUGGGCAGUUGUUUCUAUAAAAAUUUCUUACCAGAACAUCCAUUUAGGUCCAACAUAAGUGAAUAAUAAAUUAAAUGGCAUUGUUCGCGUCUGCUAGAAUAUGUUUUCUCAGCAAAUACUAUUCUCUUUAAAGGCAAGCGAGACGCGAAAUGAGAAUUGACGCUUUUCGCCAAGUAAGGAAUUCAUGAUAAUCUUAGCCGAUGCUUGUGCUUAUUUCCUUGUGCGCAUUUCCGGUUUCUGCUUCCGGUUGCCACGCGACGGGGGUGGCAAAAACUAUUAGCCACUUGGCGCUAAACAACACCACCUGCACCCACUAGUCCCCGCUACUGAAGCAAAACUCUAAGCAUCAAUUAACCCAAUUUUCAGAAUCCAUUUUCACCUGCAGUUACACUUACAGCUCAGGAGCUUUGGCUUUUUCACAGUCUUUUCUAGCUGCGUGUUUUACAGCUCCAUACUUACGUAUACUGCUGCACUGCUAUGUUUUUUAGAAAGAGAAUUGCUCCUUUGCCCUUUUUUCUUCCAGCAAAUACCCAAGUGGUGGUGAUGAAACCAACGUCCAAGUCCCAAGUCCCAAUUCCCAAACCCACCCAAUCCUUUAGGUGUAAUGCCGGGCACUGUUGUCCAGACUUUUUCGUGUUCCGUGCCGUUUCUUUCUCUCCCAGGCAUUGGCGCUAUUGUUGUAGUUUGGUUUGGAUUGGUCACUGGAUCUGGAAUGGAAAUGGAAAUGGAGUGGAAGCUGAAAUCAUAAUUAAUCCAUUGAUUUUGAACUUUUUUCAGCUUAAAUAAUUCACACAAAUCAUUUCAGCAAUAAAUACGAAUUCUUUCGCAGCAUUUAACAAUGAAUAUUUCAGCAAACAACAUUUUUUUCAGCCAAGGUUUCUUAUUUGUUUUAAAUAACCUGGGAUCCAAUUACAAAUUGAUGAGCAGGUAAUGAACGUAGCAAAAAGUAAAUAGAAUCAUUUUAAUUUGGAAGCGCCACUGUUGCAAACUUUGAUUUGCAUGUAAAGUCAUAAAUAAUUCAUUUUAACACAUUCAACAUUUAUGAAUAUUUUUUCUGUACUCUUUUGUAUUCUAGCUGUCGCUAUUAAUCAAAUUAUACGUAUACUACAUUCUUUUUUAAAUUGUUUAUUUAUGUCGCUACGUUUAUGCAGCCGCCUGGAAAUUUUGUGUGACAGAGUGUCAUAAACUGCAGAAUGUGGAUGGUCAUCUUACCUGGCGGUUGAUUGAUUCUCCCAGCCAAAAAAUAAACACCUGGAACGAUGCCAUACACCUGGAAGUGAGCUGUACUUGGGAUACAUUUUGAAAUUCUGGAAGUCUGCUUCACAUCACCGAAUAGCAAUUAUACAUAAAAACUUCCACCAUUAAAACUAAGCAAUAAAGCUGAAAGUUAAAAUUCUUUUAAGUAAUUCUUAUAAACAACGAAUAAUUACUUAAUUAAAAAAGUUGGCAUAAUACACUUAUGUUUAAAAUUGAUUGUACUCAAACAAUGAUAUAUUCAAUUGUCAACAAUAUUGGUACAGAAUUUUCCAAAUUAUGUGUUUCUAAUGCCUGCAUAAAUUGUAAAAGUGACUACUAUAAAGGUUAGUAACUAAUUCUGCACCCAAACAACUCUGUUAUCUAGCUUUAAGAUCUGAAAAUAAAAACUCAUUUAUAUAAAGUACUGGGAA